CGUUACGUCGACAUUCGCUACCCUUAGGUAUAGCUCGCGUACCACAUGUCAUUAGUUAUUCGAAUCUCGACUUACCUUACAUGUAUUUCGUAAUCACUAUGGAACAUAUCCCCGUGAGAAUAUGAAAAAGUGUUCAGUGAUUUUUAUCAACAGCCAUGUCAUUAUUAAAGACAAUCCAACUCAAAAGAUGCGCAUAAGGAAUAAAAAUGAACAGGUCGGGCUACGAUUACAAUGUACCUUUGUCAACAACCUACUAUGCAUCAAAUUCAAGACCACCACAGUAUGAAAGAGAUUACGGACAACUUGCUUCCGUACCUGUGUACAGUCCUUCAACGCACCCACUUUCGAAUUAUGCGGAUGUGUAUGAAGGCAACAACGACACCACGCUCCGGGCGGAAGAAAAACAUUGGUAUAUAGAAAACCAUAAAAAUAUUCAAAGUAAUUAUAAUGAAAACAGUGACGUCAUUUCUCGAGAAACAAAAAAUAAAAAAGAAGAAGAGAAAAAAGUUGAUGUACAAGCUACGAGAUCUGACGCUGCGCAGUUAAGACAGAGAAGAAAGGAAGACAGGUGUUCUUGUGAAUGUUGGCCUAGUACAGACAAUAAUGUAGUACAAGAUACUGGAGCGAACGACACGACCCGAUCGCUUUCAGGCGUCGACAUGGUAGCAUCGUAUGGAGUAUACGGUAAUUCACAAGAUGAGGAAAGCUCGGGAUUUGCUCAUCUUUCUGAAAAAAAUAUAUCAUAUGGUCAGAGAAAUGAAACUCCGGUUCAGGGUGUGAUAGUUAAUCAACAAGGAAAUAGCGCGGUGGUACGGUCUACAUCCGAACCUGAUUCUUCUUGUAGCAAAUGUUGUCCGUGGUCAUCUAAUGCCCCAGCAGCUAACUCAGAGGAUUACUGUUGGAUACACUACUGCCGACCAGCACUUAUAGUUCUGUUGUUAAUAUUUUUUCUAAUACUACUUGGCGUGUCAACAGGGUUCUUAUUGACAAAUAAUUAUUUACAUUAUCAACCUCGUCCACCUGCUCCUGAAGAAGCUUGUGAGAAGACAUUUUGUCGAUGGGGCGCAGAGUGUGUGUCAUUAGGCGACGGACGCGCCCAUUGCGCUUGUCCCACUUCCUGUCCGUCCUCUGCGUCACCCGUUUGUUCCACCGCUGGAAGAACUUACCGUAACCAUUGUUUUUUGCGUAAAGAAGCCUGCGAGCGAAGGCUCAAUUUACGCGUCAAGCAUGAGGGUGAAUGUGAAGCGGGAGAUCCUUGUUCCGGACUUACCUGUCCCACUGGUGCGAGAUGCGUAGUUACCUAUGGCAACGCGGAAUGUCGGUGUCCCCGUAAUUGUCAACGCCGAAAAACCGUCUGCGGCAGCGAUGGCCGGGAGUAUCCAUCUACUUGCCAUCUGGAUAAGCACGCUUGUGACAAUCAGAUAAACAUCACUAUCAAGUAUCACGGCAAAUGUGAUCCUUGCCUGGAACAUGAAUGCGUUGAUGGAGGAAUAUGUCAACUGAAUGAAGUUCGUGCACCAGUAUGUAGGUGUGGUCCACCUUGUAACUUAAUCGUUCGACCAGGCUCGGCAGUUUGCGGUUCAGAUUUCAAGGACUAUGCUAGCGAGUGUUCGCUUCGCAGAGAAUCAUGCAGAACGAGACAGCAGCUUUCGAUAGCUUAUAGAGGAGAGUGUGCCUCAGCUCAACAUCCCUGCGAAUCUGUGAAGUGUGGCAUCCGAGAGCGUUGCAUAUUGGAUGCACGAGGUGUAGCUGUAUGUGGCUGUGGCCCAGAAUGUGAAGACGUUCUGCGACCAGUCUGUGGAAGCGACGAUCGCACAUAUGCAAGCCCUUGUUUAUUAGAGCGAACAGCAUGUUUGGAAAACCGAGAUGUGCGGGUCGCUUAUAUGGGAGCUUGUGGUCUGGAAAAUCCAUGCGCACGUGCAACUUGUCCUUGGGGUGGAGCAUGUGUGACUCGCAGCGGCGCUGCUCACUGUUCGUGUCCAGUAUGCGAUGCAACUCUCUCUCCGGUUUGCGCAUCUGACCACAACACUUACGGGAGCGAGUGCAAAAUGCGUAUGCACGCGUGUCAGGAGAGUCUUAAGGAGGGAGAGCUUCGGGUGCUCUAUAACGGCACUUGCCAAACAUGUGCUGAUGUUAUGUGCAUGGGCGACGGGACUUGUGAAAUGGACGAAACAGGCCGUCCAAUCUGCCACUGCAACCACAAUUGCACAGCGCAGGAAUCAGACGUCGUAUGCGGUACUGACGGCCAGACUUAUCAGUCACAAUGUGAGCUCGAUUUGACAGCGUGUCGCGACCAGAGCGAGCUGCGGUCGGCCUACAGUGGAGAUUGUGCUCUCUGCAAUGGCGUUCAGUGCUCCUAUGGUGCUCAUUGUGUAGCUGGAGAGUGUAUUUGCCCUACGGAUUGUAGCGGUGCUCCUCGAGAACCUGUAUGUGGAAGCACUAUGCAAACAUAUCAAAAUGAAUGUGAACUUCAGAAAGCAGCAUGUAACCUUCCUCCUCCAACCAAACUUCACGUGAUUUUUUAUGGAGAUUGCAAGGAUAGGCUGGCAGUGGUUCCACCAAUAGCUAUGACUACGACUGCGAUGAUAACAACUGAAGCCGAUGAAAGUUCAACUGAUAUUGUGGAAGUGACACAGAAAGUAGAUACGACAAGUCCUUCAGCUUGCCGCGAUAUCCGCUGUGACUUUGACGCCAGUUGUGAAAUUGGUUACGACGGAUAUCCGCGUUGUUCUUGCUUAUUUGAAUGUCCAGCCGACGAUGAAUAUUUUCCGGUUUGCGCUUCUGACUUUCGACUUUACCCAAGCUUAUGCGCUAUGCGGAAGGAAGGCUGUCAAAAACAGUUGGAACUUAGAUUAAGACCUCUGGAUUUAUGUAAAGGUAUGGAAGUUAGACCUUGCGGAAAUAAUAGAGCUAUAAUAGACAAAUCGUCAGGUCUUGAAAUAGAUUGCGGCAACGGACCCCAUCGUCAAGACUGUCCUGCUGGAAGUUACUGCCAUAUCACUUUGACCGCCGCAAAGUGCUGCCCUAAAAACGACACAAAACAAGUAGAUGAAAGGAAGACGACUACCCACUGUUCGGAGAGCGCCUACGGUUGUUGUUCAGAUGGCUCGACCGCAGCAAGUGGCCCGGGUGAAGAGGGUUGUCCAAUUACGACUUCAACUUGUGGCUGCAACCGCCUAGGGUCAAUAUCUGAUCGGUGUGAUGAUAGCGGCCAGUGUGUAUGUCGCCCCGGUGUAGGGGGCCUUAAGUGUGAUAGAUGUGAGCCUGGAUACUGGGGUCUGCCUCGCAUAGGCUCAGGACAUACUGGAUGUAUUCCAUGCGGUUGUUCUGCAUUUGGUUCUGUAAGAGAGGAUUGUGAGCAAAUGACCGGUCGAUGCGUGUGCCGUACUGGGGUUCAGGGUCAGAAGUGUACCGUGUGCGCAGACCAUCGCCGUCGCUUAGGACCUAACGGCUGUUCCGAUCCGGAAAACGGCAGUUCGGUGGAGUCAUGUGCGGAUUUGUCAUGUUAUUUCGGAGCAGUGUGCACAGAACGUACGGGUGGAGCGUUGUGUGAGUGUGCUGCUGCCAACUGUCCUGACAGUGAUCUUAACAUGAUGGUUUGCGGCAGUGACGGUAAAACUUACGAAUCAGAAUGCCACCUGAAAUUGCAAGCCUGUCGCACUCAAGAGGAUAUUGUCGUUCAAGCAUUUGGUCCUUGCAAGUUGUCCGAAGCAUCGGGAACUGCGGGGCCACCACGACCGUCUUCACCGAUACAGUUCACUCAACAAGAUGAUGGAGCAGCUUCGAAGUCUACAAGGCAUCUGCUUAACCCUGACAAAUAUUACAAUAAAUAUGAUUGGACAAGGAAAGAAACUCCAAGUGAUUUUGAAAACAUUGUAUCGGGCCAGAAAGUAAAAGGUUCGCAAACAGCGACAACAGCAACAGUGGGUGCGGUGGGAGCAUUGCUUGGGGACUUAUGUGCUGAAGACGCAGACUGUGCAGCUUUGCCGGGUGCUCUCUGUGCACGUGGUGGCUGUGUAUGUCGUCCGGGUUACACGCCCACUGCGCAUAGGAAGGCUUGUAUUGAAGAAUUUCCUCAAGAAACCACAGAAGAAUACAGUGCAUGUUUGUCAGAUCCUUGUUAUAAUUUCGGAACUUGCAUUGACUUGCCAGGUUCCACUUAUACUUGUGUCUGCUCCGAAUCCUAUACCGGCUCGAACUGUGAAUCACUUAUCAAAGACGGUCCACCGAUUACGUACAUCGAAACUCCAUCAUUUGUCGGUUCGUCUUACAUACGCUUAAGACCACUGAAGGCUUACCAUAAGUUGAACAUCGAUAUCGAAUUUAAGGCAUUCUCAGAAAAUGGGGUCUUAUUGUACAAUCAGCAGAAACUCGACGGAACGGGUGAUUUUGUUUCGCUAGCGUUGGUAAACGGAUAUUUGGAGUUUAGGUACAAUCUUGGGAAUGGAGUUAUAAUUUUAACAUCUUUAGAAAAGAUAUCAUUGAACGAAUAUCAUAAAGUGUCGGCUAAAAGAUAUCACCGCGAUGGUAUUCUGACGGUAGAUGAUAUGGAAGAUGUAGCAGGACAAUCAGAUGGUAACUUAAAAGCUUUAGAUCUUGCGGACGAUGCCUUCAUUGGUAGUGUACCAAGUAAUUACACGAGGGUAUUCGAAAACAUUGGAACCCGAAAUGGUUUUAUUGGUUGUAUUAAAUAUUUGAGAAUUAUUCGGCACCAAAUAACGAAGAAAUUGGGUCGUCCAGACUCAUUAGUUGUCGCCAUGGAAAACGUUCGAGAGUGUCAAUCUAAUCCUUGUAUGAGUAUGCCGUGUAGAAAUGGGGCCACGUGUCAGGCUGUUGAAGGUUCGGUGACUGAAUAUACAUGUAGCUGUCCUUUCGGAUUUCAAGGAGCCAAUUGUAACGAGAGAAUAGAUCCAUGCGAAUCCAAUCCCUGUGGAUAUGAUGAGGGGUUAUUGUGUGAUAUUGGUCCUGACGGCGGACAUAUUUGUCGGUGUUUGUUUGGGGGAAAUAUCGAAUCCGAUGGAAAUAAUUGCAAUAAAGAUGUUAAUGUUAUCCAUGAAACUUGGUCACCUCAAUUCAAUGGUACUAGCUAUAUCGAGUUACCGCCGCUCGAGGGCUUGGGAAAAGCAUUCCGUAUCGAAAUUUGGUUUUUAACGAACCGUUUUUCCGGAAUGCUUCUUUAUACCGGGCAGUCAAAUAAAGCCAAGGGGGAUUUUAUAGCGAUUAACUUGGUUAAUGGAUAUCUACAGUUUAGGUAUAAUUUAGGAAGUGGAAUUGCAAACAUCACUUCCCCAACACCGAUAACUAAGGGGCAAUGGCAUCGCGUUCGUGUAAGCCGAGUUGGCAGACAUGGUAGUCUACAGCUUGAUCAGUUGCCUGUACAGCGCGGCCUUUCCCCACCACCCCUCACUCACUUGGAGCUUAAUCUCCCUCUAUUUAUUGGUUCUUUGCCUGCUUACGUCCGUCCUCACAAAAUGUCCGGGGUGACCAGCAGUUUUAUCGGGGUUAUGCAACAGGUAUUCGUAAACGGCAAUCCACUAUCGCUAUACAGUGAGGAUACAGCAAAAUGCUUUGUAGUUGCUGAGGAAGAGCGACUUCCGUGUGCUACGAGCGGCGUCACUAAAUACACCGGACCGCCGUGUGGUGAUGAUCUAACCCCUUGUAAAAAUAAUGGUUCGUGCGUACCGUUAUUGAACGAAUAUAAAUGUAUAUGCCCAGACGGAUAUCAAGGACGGAACUGUGAGCUCCAAUUAAAAGUAGAGAUGUUAAACGAUGGAGCGCCAAUUAAGUUCGACGGAAAUAAUUACUACUCCUACAGAAGUCGUGGCGGCCGUAGGAACCGUGGAUUUCGUGGUAUUAGAUAUGAAAUAAAGUUUCGGACUUAUAAUAACUCCGGUCUUUUAAUGUGGAGACGAAAAAUUGGUAUACGACCCCGGGACUUCAUCGGACUCGGAUUAAGUAAUGGAAAAUUACAAUUAAUAUACACUGACACAGAUGUAAAAGAGAACAGUUUGGCUUUGAACGAGGAGUGGUUUCAAAGUGUUGAAUCGAAGGAGAGAGUAGAUGAUGGACGUUGGCAUACAGCGACUGUUAGAAGAAGGAAGCGGCUCGCAAUGUUGCAAGUAGACGAUACACCGCCUGUGAGGGGGUACUCGCAAUCAUUGCUGGUACCUUCGAAAGCUAAUCCAAAGUUAUGGAUAGGAGGAUCUCCAUCGCUUCCUUUAGGAUUGCCAGGGGACCUUUACUCAGGAUUCCGAGGUUGUAUCGCCAGCGUGAAGUCUAACGGUAGGCACAUCGACAUUACAACACCUAUACGACCGACGACUACAAUACGAUAUUGUGAUUAAGAAACUCAUAAAUAUCACUAAUCAUAUCCCUAAGAGAUUUUAACAUAGAAGUGAAAUGUAAAAGUAUUAUUGUGGGUAUAUUUUCGUAGCUGUAGUUCUUAUUAGCCAGUGUAUUUAAUCACAUUGGCAGUUAUUCUCAUUAUUAUAAUACUUGUAAUAACUACGUCUAACUUUCAAGCAAAUAUUUUUAUUUGCAAUUUAUUUUCGAGUUAUGAAAGUUAAUAAAAUCGCAUAUUAACUUCCAAUGUGAGUUAUUACGGUACAAAUUACAUUUAUAUAAUUUUAUUCCUAAUCAUAUCCUAAAUUGUCUAGGUUUUUUGUUUUCCUUUAGAAUGCCUCUUUCUUCUUAUUUUUGCUGUUAUUUGAAAAAAAAAUAGCCAAGGACAUGAAAGUAGAUAACCAAAAUAUAUCGUUGCCAUAUAAUUUAUAUUAUAAUUUAAGAUAUAUACUUAGGAUAAAAUCUUCUAUAUGUUGGUGCUUGGAUUACACUUGAUGAUAAAAAAAUAGGAAAUCCUUUAAAAAUAUGUUAUCACUUUACCUGUUAUACGGCGACCCUGACAAGGCGUUGGAAGUUAUUGUGUUAAAUUAUACUCAAAGUAAAAGAUUCUAAGGAAUUUAAUAAUAACAUUCCAUGGUAAUGUAAAGCUUUCUGUAAAUUUACUUGGGUAUUGCCGAUAUUUAAUAGCGGCUGCUGAAUAGAUAAAGAUUCCAUGAAUAUAACGUGUAAUGACUGUAUAACUAGUUGAGAUCUUUAACCCUUAAUUUUGAGCAUUAAAUCUGUUUUAUUAAUAAACAUAAAGACAAAAUAAGAACAUAUAGAUAUUAAGACAUAAAAAUGAAUUUGGAUAUUUAAAUCGAAAAAUGUUAUAAAACGACUUAACUAAUAAACUUUAGAACAAUAAAUUAACAAUUUCUUGUCUAAACUUUCUUAAUAUUUUUGCUGAAUCUUUGAUCUCCGCUCGAAGAAUAUUUAUAAUUUUAGAGAAGUUAACAUAAUGUUUCAAUAUAAAAUAUUUUAUAUUAAUUAAAAGUUAUCUUGUAACGUUCGCAUCAAUAAUUUUCUUGAAAAUGUUCUUAGAAUUAUUGAUAUCAUUAUGGACAAGUUAUGAUCUGUGUAACUUAUAAGUAACUAAGAGAAUGCUCACAGUUGAGGGUUAAAAAAAUACACACUACAAGUGUGAAUUAUGUCAAAAAACCUCUUAGCCUCUGUCUAUUCAUAAAUUUUAGAAUUUUAACUGACUUAAACUCAUAAUUUAGUAAUUUCAUUGCUAUCAUUCCAUGUUUAAUAAGAAUAAAUUUAUAAUAGUAUUUUAAACAGUGCCAUAGUUGUACAGUAGAUGAUUUUAUUAUGUAUAAGUUAGUAUAAGUUUUGCUUAUUUAUAUGCCUGCCCUUUAUUUGAUGCUAUAAUGAUAUAGAAAAGUAUAUAUUUAAGUAUAUUUUUUAAUAUAAAUAUAUAUAAAAUACGAUUUAAUUUUUCUUUUGUGUUGAUUCAUAAUAUGUUAAGAAAACUGUUAUAAACUUGGAUUUUAGUUGUUGGAACUUAUAUACUGUUUGCAAUCUAGAUGAUAUGUUUACUCGUGUUGUUAGAGAACUAUAUUAAUCGCGAAAUAAGUUAAAAACUAAUAAUCACGAAACGCCACAGCGAUUGAUAUAGCGUUGCUUUAAGUGCUACUUAUUUCGAUUCACCGCUUGAAUUCACGUGACAGUACUGAUGCUUUAAUACUUCUAAACACAGUUUGAAACGUUCAAUACAAGAACAGUUUAAUGUAGGGUGAAAAAACAGAUUAAGCAUCUGUUACUUUCUUCGACAAUUCGUAUAUAUAAGCAAAAUGCAAACUUUUGACUGAUUUUCGUUAUACACGUUUGGUACAAUUUUAGAAUAAAAUAUGCUUUAUUAUAUGUUUCUACUUUUUACUGGUAAUAAAAUUAAGAACAUUCAUGACAUUCCACUCAAAACUGGUAUUUAAAAGUAUUAUGGUAACGUUAAUUUUAUUGUACUUAAUAUUUUGUAUCAUAUGUACAUAGUUAUAGAUUUAAAAAAAAUGUACAACUUUAUUUUGUUUACUUGAAAGUUCAUAAUACGAAAAAUUUUGUAGUUUUAUUGAAAUAUCAUGAAAUCAAGUAUUUAUAAAUAUCAAACCUACUGUGUUUCUAUUUAAAAGAUGUAUUGCAUUACUUAAUAAUAAACUACGUACAUUUUUUAAUUGCUUUGUAUCGGUAUAUAUAUGUAAAAUAUACGUAAAUGCUAAUCUAAAGUAAACAUUGACAAUAUUAAAAUAUCUACACUGAAUUUAGCGUUACUUUUUUAAAGUGUAAGUGCUUCGUGGUGGAAUGUAACAUAGCCGUUUCAGUCUAGAUUUAGGUUAGGAGUCCUUCCUUCCGUUGAUUCGGAAAACACUUCGGAAUCGAAAAUCAAUUUGUAACAUAUUUGCUUAUUCUCCAUGCGCAAUGGAUAUCAAGUUGGGGCUGCUUUAAUCCGUGGUGGGGAAUAGCGAGCAUCGCAAACAUCCUAAAUCGUUUUCAUACAUUUUGCAUGAACUUUUCCAAUGAUCGUGUAAAAUAUAUGAACCUAUCGUAUAUGAAAUAGCCAGUUGUAAAUUUUAAUGUAACAAACAUCCGAAGGAACGGGAGAGUUGAGGAAAGCAAUAAAAAACCUGUAGUACGUUGUAUCACUGGUUCUUGACAUAUCUUCCAAUUAAAUUUGUUACGCAUGUGUGUUUUGAUGUACCUAUAUUAGUUAAAAUACAAAUGAUAAAUUAAAUGAGACUGCAGAUUA